UCCCUCUGUUCACACUGAGCAGGGAAUGAAGAGGGAGCCCAGAGAGCAGUGAGGGGGCCGAGAGGCGCCUAGACAGCAAGGAGGAGGGCGAGAGUGGCAGCUGGUGGUUCCUCCUCCAAGAGGAAAGUCAGCAGCUGAAGCACAGCUGCAGAGAGGCAGCCUUAGCUCAUCUCCCUCUGAGCCCUCCGAAGGACUGGUCAUGUUCACGGUAGAAGGUUCAGUCGUGUCUUUGCUGGAAACUCUGGAGGAAGCAGGCAGCAGGGAGGGAGGGAGGCAGGCUCUGGAGAGACACAGCACUCUCCACCACAACCGGCUCCAGUUCCCAAGGGACUGCUCAGCACGUGAUUUGCUUUACAGGUGCUCAUCAAGGUAGAGCGUAGGGUACAGAGUCCAGUUCAGGUUCAUGAAGGGGGGGCAAGUUACUGGAGUUCUUUGAGGCUUUGCUUCCCAUCUUCAGCAUGAGAUUGUCCAUAGCUGGUUGUCAGAAAUGUUGUUCUGACAGUUUAAAGGAAAGAGGUACAAAUUGCCCCCCCCCCCUUUAGCACAGCGUUGAUGUUAAAAAUGUUAAUUUCUCUCUCUUGGGCCAGGGGUUGAGAUUAGAGACAGGGAGAGCAGGUGUCUCUUCCCUCAGUGAUUGAAGACUAUCGAGCAGGCUGAGCCAGCAUUGCAGGAAUGGCCCUUGUAGAGGCAGAUGGGGGAGAACUUGUCCACCCAUCAGAACACAAAGCUCCUAUCCCUCUUGCGACAGAAGCUGUAGUUUUCUAGGUAUUAACUUCAUUGUCCCAUAAUCCAGUUGAGAAAAUUAGAAACUGAAGAGUGCGUCUGGCUACCUAGUCUGCACCCCUUCAUCAGUGCACAGCAAAUUCAGAUAAAGGAACCUUUUAAAUGCCACCUUCGCCUGUCUCUUCAGGCAAUAUUUCCUUCAAACUUGAUCCUCAUACAUAUGUCAUUUUUCGCUAGUUUGGAAAAAUUGCCGAAGUAGAGCUUAAAUGACUUUACACCCACUAGGCUAAUUAAAAUUAGAAAGAGAGUCGGUGCCAAGUGUGCCUGUGUAGCAAAGUAGGGUGCCCUGCACUGCUGGGGAGAGUGUACAAUCAACACAUCCACCAAGAUCCAGUGUACAAUCAACACAUCCACCAAGAUCCAGUAUUCAAUCAACAUAUCCACCAAGAUCCAGCGCUUUCACCCCUGGGUAUACCAAAGGAAAAUGAGAGCAUGUCUGUAAGAAGAUUCGCCUAAAACUGUUGUUAGCAGCUUUUUCCAAAGUUUGCAAAAAUUGGAAACCUGGGUUUGCAAUUAUAUACAAAAGGAGUAUGCACACUGAGGUUCAUACAUAAUGGAAUAUCACACGGUAAUGCAAACAAAUGAGUUCCUGAUGCAUACAGAAGUGUAGAUGAGUCCCAGUAAAACUACCCUAAAUGAGAAGAGCAUUACAUAACCGAGUUCUUGCUGAGUGGGGCCAUGUUAGAUUUUUCAGACUGCUCAAACAGAUCAGUAGUUGAAUUAAAAAAAAAAUCAGUGCUUGAGUGUGAAUAGGUAGAGGUGGGGAAUGAUUUGUGAAGGGAUCUGAGGGGAACUUUUGGCGAUGCCAACAUUCAGUAUGCUGAUAAAGUCUAGAUAAAGUGUGUAUGCAUGUGUGCAUGUGAGGGUGUGUGUGUGUGUGUAUACAUAUGUGAGUGCAUGCUGAUAAAGUCUAGAAUUAUAGGCAGUGUGUGCACAUGUGUGAGUGUGAAUGUGUGUGUGUACAUAUGUGAGUGCAUGCUGCUAAAGUCUAGAAUUAUAGGCAGUGUGUGUAUGUGCGUGUGUAUGCAUACGUGUGUGUGUGUGUGUGUGUGUGUGUGUGUGUAUCUCAAGGGUUAGUGUAUUGGUUACUUUCAUGAUACUAUGAUAAGACACAAUGACCGAGACAGCUUACAGAAGGAAGAAUUUAUUGGGCUAUGGUUCCAAAGGGGUAAAAGGGUAAGAGUCCACCAUGGUGAAUCCGCAUGUCAGCAUGGAUCAGACAUGGUGGCAGGAACAGGUACCUAAUACUUCCCAUCCUGAACCACACACACAAAGCAGAGAGAGAGCAAAAUGGAAGCAGGAAGAGACUAUAAGCUUGCAAAGCUUGCCCACAGUGGCAUGCUUCGUCCAACAAGGCCACAUCUCCUAACCCUCCCCAAACAGCACUACAAACCAGGGAUCAAGUGUCUAAACACCUGGGCCUAUGGGAGACAUUCCCACUCAGACCGCCCCAGCUAGGACAGGAGGGAUGUAUAGCACCGUGUCAUGAUCCGGCUGUGGGCUCUAGGUAUCUGCAUUGGUCUCUGCAUAUACUCUGGCUGGUGAAAAGUGUUCAUAUUUUCAUGUUCCAUGACCUAUACAUUUUAUAUCAGAAAGAAAAGAACUGUAAGAAUACUAAACAGUGACAUAAAACUCAAGUGCCUGGGGAGGAUGUAUUUUUAAUGAAGUUAAGUUUAGAAAGUUUAAAUUAUAGGCUUUAAGAGGUAGUAGAUAUUCACAGAAGAUAUUUUCCUCAUGUCUGAAAAUGUUUAUAUUAAAAACCUAGUGGAAAACAACAGCUUGAGUUGGAAAGUAGAAGCUAAUCAACUAGAGCAUAUUUUAUUUUGCUUUUUAAUAGUAUAAUGUCCAUUUGUGUCAUUGAAAUUGAGUAGCUCGCUUCUAAAAUUAAAUUUAAGUAAUAUUGUAAAAGGUUCACAAAAAAAAGGGCUCAGUUAAAAGGUCUCCUGGCCAGGUUCCCAGAGGACCAGAAGCCUUUCCAGGUUGCAUUUUUGCUCAGAUUCCUCCCAGACAUUCCAUGUGAGGAGACGGCAUGGUCCCCGGGCCUUACAUGUGAGGACACGGCAUGGUCCCCAGGCCUUACAGAUUCCAUACACAGCCUUGCAAAGGAGAGUGGCCACCACAGAGCUUGGCCAGGCAGUGGCAUUUUCUCUCAGGGAUGACCUCAUUCUGGCACUGGAGACACUGAGAUGUAAAUUGGAACAUUUCAUUGAGACGUCCCCACACCAUCACUGUAUCUAGUCUGCCAACUGUGGAGCUUCAUAAACGAAUUCCCAGAAGAUAGAGCAAGUCCUGAAAUUCAAGCUCCUUCAUCCAUGGGAAGGUAGUGCAGUGGGUAAGGAGAGGCCCUUGAACUGGACUCUGGAGGUGACUUUCUUUUCUGGAGCUCUUUCUCCUGUUCUGACAUUUUCAUUCCCAUUGAAGGAAUUACACUUCACUGAGUAAUAUUCACUGAAUAAGCCAGGAUGGUCUGUCAUGCCAUGCUGUGAUAUGUUCCUGGGCACUGAGGCAGGCCCUCUAAUGGAUUUACCUGCUUCUUCCACCCACAUCCCACGUCCAGCCUCUCCCAGACACUUACCCCCAAGUCAGCACUCACUAGUUACAUCCUGAAGUGAACACUGAAGGUCGUCUCCAGACUAAAGCUAUGUCUUUUUCAGGUACAUGGCCAGAUCACAGCAGCCAAGAAAACCAUGUUAAAAUAGCUUUAAAGUCUCCCCAGGGCGAGGCUUGUCUUGCCAUUUGACAGGAGCCGUGUAAGACAAAGAGCAACCACUAACCGGCCCUUGAAAAGAGCAGAUCCAGGAUGGGCAACCCAGUUGCCGAUGAUUAGGAGAUCAUUGUUUCAGGGCCGAUUCCUACAGUUGGAUGUUAGAGUUCCCCGUCACACCUGCAGUGAAUGAAAACCUAGCGCGGUUUGGGAUGAUGUUAGGAGUCAAGGCCGCUGGGAGGAAACCAGGCAUAGAUGAGAUCCUAAGGGCAGAGCCUUUAGUGCAUCUCGUAGAGCUGAGGAGAUGCACUAGGCUGCUCUGUCCACCCUCACAGAAGGCUUUACACAAAGGUGGCUGGUCACCUCUUCUCCUCAUUCUAUAUCCCCUGCUGCCACUUAGCACUUAGAGCUAUUAAGUUUCCCUGUGGUUCGGUAUUUCCAUCAGGUUCUCUGACAAGCCUAGCUUGAGCCAGAGGCACUAGAAGGGAGUCUAAGUCACUGUCCGCUCCACCAUCGUGACCAAGUGUGUCUAAGCCACUGCCUCAUCUACCAUCAUGACUGACUGUGUUUAAGCCACUGCUUGCCCCACCAUUAUGACCGAGUGUGUCUAAGCCACUGCCCACACCACCAUCAUGACCUAGUGUGGGUUCAGGCUGCAUUGGUAGCUUCUGUGUGACUAGGAAUGUUGUUCUCCCUGGGGCCAGCUUGUGACUUCUGUCAUUAGGCUGACGCUCUUCAACACCUGGGGACUUCAGCUGGACUCAUUAGCAUGGGUCCGCAAGGGAAUCCAUUGGUUAGUGACAGUGGGAUAGAAGGCAGUGAUGACUGCAUGCCAGCGCCGUCUCGCCCAUAGACAGAUAAAGAGCCUGUUUUCCCAAGUAUCUUAGUAACAGACGUGAGUGGGGGGUCGUGACCCCUGGUUUAUUUUCUCCUGAUUUCUUCAUGCUCACUGUUGAUCCUGGGACACUUGCUUUGGUAGGACUCAGAUCUAAAUAGAGUGUUGAGUUCAACAGUAGAACAUUGCCUAAGCUCCUACUUGGAGUCCGAGGUACCGUCUUGAGACAGGUCCUCCUGAACUGGACUUCCAAUGGCAUAGAACAAGAUGAGAAAGACACUUUUGGCAUAGUGAUUUUUUUUGAAAUUAGUGUUUAAAAAAAUAACUGAUGCUUACCCACCAUGGGCAUGGGUUGCAUGGUUUUUUAAAUCCAAGUAUGUCAAGAAUUUUACUUUCUUCAGAGCCUUUCAGAGACUGUGUUGACUAAUCUCAGCAAAAAUACCUCCACCUACCUCAGAACGUUAUGAUGGGAUUCACUUUGUCAAACGCUAAAGGCAACACUGUCUGGUUCAAGCAAUGCCUUCUGUCUUGACAGUGGCAUUGUCUGAGGCUCUUCACCACUCAAGCUGGAGCUAGUCACAGGUCACAAAGACAGUCCCUCCAAGGGUGCUCAGUUACGUCGCUUCUGUCUCUGUCUCUCUGACUCAAGUGUACUCAUAGUAUGGAAGGAGAAGAUGCAAGAGCCUUGACAUUCAGUCACUGCCAUGUGGUGCAGAGUCCCCGUUCUUAUGAGUAAGUGAGUGAUGUCAGGGAUUUUAUUUCAGGAACACUGUGUAUCUCUGAGAUCACUUUCCCCCUCAGAAUAUCAGGACACAAUAACGUGCAACUCAAGAGUGGCUAAUUGGCUAUCCUCCGUUACCUUCCCCUUAGCCACAAAAACAGCCUCUUAUCUGAAAUACCCAUCCGGUGAAGUCGAUUUGAAACCUGAAGACUGGACUUUCUUUUCAGCUGGCUCAUUGUUGCUAGCAUGGAUCAAAUUUUUGAGGGUGCCAUCUCAAUAAAGAUGAACAGAACUUGGUAUUGCUGCAUGUUGUCAGAUACACUUCCCACCUAGAAAGGGGUAGCUAAGUGGGAAACCCAUCAUAGCAACACUGAGCUCAGUGCCCAGAGGCAUGCAAAUGCAGUGCCUCUGGAUUCAGGAUUCUCAGCAAACCAGGGACAAGGCCAGCUUUCGUGGAGCUUCAAGCAUUGCCAGCCCUGGAGCCCCGCUGUGAAAUGUGUCAGAAAACCAUGAGUGCCAGAGUGUCUGAGUGAAACGUGAGCUUCUCCAGCUCCUUGACAAAGUCAGCUCUGCAUCAGCCCAAUUAAAACCUCACACCUUAGAAAAGACUUUAUUCACCUUAGCAUUUUGUAAUAAUAGCACUGAAAAUACUCAAGGUACUCUGGUGCUUGGUAUUUCUUAGCAGUUGGGGGAACUCUGGAAUGCUUAAAAUAUUCUAUGGUAUGAUCAAUUUAUAGGGGAUACGGCAACUCCCUUCAGUUCAUAAAACAUGGUUUUUUGGUUUUUUUUGUUUUUUUUUUUUUUUUAGGACAGAGUUUCUCUGUGUGGCCCUGGAUGUCCUGGAACUCACACUGUAGACCAGGCUGGCCUUGAACUCACAGAGAUCCACCUGCCUCUGUCUCCCCUCCCUGAGUGCUGGGAUUAAUUUUUUAAAAGUUAAAAUGCAAGCAAAAGAGUAAUGCUAAUAGAAGUAGCCAAAGGGAAUUAAUUGAAGGCAAAACUGGUCAUGAAAACUACUUAAAGUGCAUUUAUUAACGUAGAAUAAACCAAAGCACCCCGGUCAGCUGUUUGAGACAAAACAGCUGGAAAACGGUGGAGGGGCAUUGAGUUACUUGUUUGGUGAUUUCCAGUGUUGUGACAACACCCACUAAAAUAAGGAUAAAAGUAUUAAAGCAAUAGUUACAGCAAGCAUUACUUUAACAAAGCCACUAAAAACCAUCACAGUCAGGAGAACCUCCUGAAGAAAGUCCAUAAUAUUCUGUGCAGAAGAAAGACCAAACACAAAGGCAGAGGGGAUUAUGAAACAAUAUUCUUCGUCUUGGCAACUCCAAGACACUUGUAUUAAGGGGUGUUGAGCAGAUUGGCAAGAGAUGGGACUGAAAAGCAAGCAGUGGAUGGGAAAAACUUUGGUUCCCCUAGCAAAAAGAGGCACUAGGGAUCCACUGAGGGGCACAAAUCCCACAUGGAAGGAUAGAUGAGUGUAAGGGUUGGGAUUGGGUGCCCGACCCCACCUGUAUGCUUGAACACUUAGACCUAAGCUGUUUGGUGGCACUGUUUGGGGAAUUGUGGCACCUUUGGGAAGCAGCUGAGAAAAGUCACCAUUAGGAAUGGGGGGAGGAGACCAGCGAUGAGAGGUUUUCUAGAGUCUCGGAAGGGGAUGGCUUUAUGAAGAACGAGCUAAUCAACAAAUUCAAAAUCUCUCAAAAAGUCAUGUCCUGGUGAGGUCUGAAGUUGCCCAGUGGGUUUCAGGGGUGCAGGUGAGGAGAGCGUGGAGAACCCUUCCUACUGAGUGGUGAGAGGCAUGCAGACAGUGUGGGGAGAAGCAGACACUGGAAGGUCAUGUAGGGUGUGUGCUCUCUUCUGAGACAGGAAAUCUAGACUAAUAUUCAGGAAGUGGCUGAAAGAAUUCGAUGGAUUAAAAUGGCAGGGAAAGGAGAACAGUUAAAUGAAGCUGAGCUCCCCAGGCUGUGGGAAGGGAGGAUUUCAGCACUGCUCGUGGAGAAGCCAGUAUGUGGAGAGACUGGCACUUUGCGUCCAAUGAUAGGAAUAGAAAAUGGUACAGCCGCUCUGGAAACCUGGUGGCUCUCCAGGAAAUUAGGCAUAGAGUUGUCAUGACUUGGCAGUUUUUCAAAAUUAAAUUAAGGGAAGAGCUCAGAUGCCUGCACUUGUGCAAGGCUAUGGCCACAUCAUUCACAGCGACCAGGCAGAAAUGACCCAAAAGCCAUGAACGCAUAAACAGAUAAAUAAAACAUGGUAUGUGCAUAAAAUGGACUACUAUUCAUCAAUAAAAAGGGCUGAAGGUCAGAUACAACACGAAUGAAUUUUGAGAACUUGCUAAGUAAUAUUUAUAUAAUUCAUCUAUAUGAAACAUCUGAAGUAGGCAUUCAUAGAUCCACAGGCAGAUUAGUGGUCACCAGGAGCUGAGUCUCCUCUAAUGAAUAUAAAGUUUAUGGCUGGAAUGACAGAAAACAUUUAAAAGUAGGUAGUGAUGAUUACUGAACAACCUGGUAAGAUGGUUAACGUUGCAUAUUUUAAAUGAUAUAAAACUUAAUUUAAAAAUUAAACAUUUGCGCUUUUAGGUAUUAUUAAUUGGGGAGUGUAUUGUAUAUGAUAUGGGGGGCACAUGCCAGAGCACAUAUGUGGAGGUUAAUGAUAACCUUAGGGAGUCAAUUGUCUCCACCCACCUUUACUGGAUUCCAGGGAUGAAACUCACUCACCAAGGUCUGGGGAAAGUGCAUUUACCUGCCAAGUCAUCUACCAGCCUAUAACAGAUAUUUUAAUACAAUACAAAUUUCUAAUGUAAUCUUAACCAUAUGUGAUGGCUCAGUUGGUUAACAUUUUCAAAAAUUUUAUUUUAAAAAUAUGAAGGAAUGAUCAAGACAGGGCUGUUCUGAACUGCGUUUGAGACAUUGGUGAUGGUUAAUUUUCUGUGUUAACUUGACCAAACUAAGGGAUGCCCAGAUAGCUAAAGCAGCGUGACGGUCUGGGUGUAUCUACAGGAGCGUUCGUGGAGGAGAUUACAUUUGAAUCAGUGCGCUAGAGAACCGUAAUCUCCCCAGUGUGGGCAGGCGUCAUCUGAGCCCAGGGUGGCACUAGUAGACCAGUAGUCGAGUGUCCUAGUUAUACCCUCAGCUGUCAACCUUCCAGAGUCUGAAGUCCGCUGAGAAAUAAGUCUCACUUGAUUGUCCUUAUCAGGUUGGUCUGUGGGCUUGUCUACCAGGGCUGUCUUGAUCCGUAAUUGCUUUAGGAGGCCCCAGCCAUGUGGGCAGCAUCGUUCUCUGCACAGGUAGUCUUGGACUAUUCAAGGAAAGCAGCUGAGCCGCACCUGUGAGCAAGUCCCCAGCAGCCUUCCCCCAGGGUCUCUGCUUCAAGCUCUACUGCCUCGGUUCCGGCCUUGACUUCUUUAGUGAUGAACCCUGCUCUGGAAUUGUAAGCCACAUACACUUUCCUGUCCUACGUUGUUGCUAUUCGUCAGAAAGUUUUAUCACAGCAACGGAAAGGAAACCAGAGCAUGGAGGAAGAAUGAGUUUACCCUGUGUGGUCUGAGGUAUCUGUCUUCUCCAUCAAACACUGCAGCUGUUAGUUCUCAGGCGUUAGGAGGCUGACCAUGACUUGCAUCAGCACCCCCACCUAACCACCUCCCACCUCAACCAUUUUCAGGUCCCCAGACUUUUGAAUUAAUGCCACAGGUUUCCUUGGCAACCCAGGUACAUAUUAGACCUAACUUAUCAGCCCACAUUUGGCUCAUUUCCUUGGAGGAUCCAAUGCAGUCUGUCUUUGGGAGACAUUUAGAAACUUCCGGACAGUUUCUCUUUUUGUUUGUUUUGUUUAACUAAGCAGGAAACAGAUUCUGCUUGAAGUGAAAUGGAAGGGGCAGAGGUUCAGUCCGAAACUAGAGAACAGCAGGAAUGGUUAAGAAUGAGCACCAAGGAGCAUGGGAAGGAGAUGAUGAAAACUGAAUCCUCUCUCUCCACUGGUCCAGCCUGGCUGAGGCUGUGCAGUGGGUCGUCUUCAUGGUUCUGUCCUGUUAUUGUCAGCAGCACUGGUCUAGGAGUCACAGGUGCAGCAUUGCCAGCUUCUCCUGGCUUGGGCGCUUGUGGCAUGGGCCGUAAGAAGGCUGUAAGCCUCCGAAGGCUACUUUAGAGGGUUAGUGAAAGAAUGGCUCCCAAUCAGCCGUAGGCUUCACAGAGACGGCUGUGGAAGGGACCAAGAAGAGUGCAGCACAUGGAGUUGAAAUGAAAGGUUGAUUUAUGAGUGCUUAGUUAUUGUGUGUGUGUGUGUGUGUGUGUGUGUGUGUGUGUGUGUCUCCAGGUUUUGUAGUGCCCAUCUCAGAUUCCCACCUCUCUGACACGAAGGCAGGCCCAGCAUCCGCUGAGAGUCACUGGCUGGAAGUGAUGACCUCAUAGUCACCCCACAGUGAGCAGCAGAGGCAGGGUGUGGGCGUGGUGGCAUGAGAAGGACCCACACACUGAGGAGGAAUUUCCCCACCAAAAGAGGUUUCACUUCAAGAACCAUGUGAGGAAAUUCAAAGCUGUAAACUUGAAAGAUUGACCAUCUUCCUUUCUGAAGUUGUAUGGAAAGUCUACAAAAAUCUCAACCCUUGGUGGGGCAAGGCUGUCUGAAGGAACAUGGUGAACUAUUACAAAGUACUGGGGGUACCUAUGAAUGCCUCCUCCUCUGAUAUCAAAAGGGCUUUCCACAACUUGGCUCUGCAAGUACAUCCAGACAAGAACCCAGGAGACAAGGAAGCAGCAGAGGAGAAAUUCAAGCAAAUAGCAGAAGCCUAUCGCGUCUUGUCUGAUGCCAAGAGUAGAAAGGACUACGACAGGUCUAGAUGGAGCCGUACCAAAGUAGAAAUCAGGGGCAGUGGCCAUACCAAAGGGGAAAUCAGAGGUGAUGCCAGAGACAAGACCCAUUUGGAGGAUGAAGUGUGCUUGCGGAGGGCACGCCGCGCCUUCCAGAAGGUCACUGAAGAUGAAGACCUCUUCUCAGGAGACCAUUUGUUCUCUCGUCCCAUGGCUCGGUCCAGAAGAGCCUCGUCCCCGUUCUUCAGUGUCACCCCCAUCAUGGACACGGGAUUUUCUACUUUUGUGCCCCUAGGAUCGAGACUUGGUUCUGCUGCCUCCGAGACAUUUGUACCAUAUGUAAGCCAUGGAAUGGGGAAGUUCAGGCUGGUCACCACUUGUAGCCAGAUAGUGAACGGUAAGAGAGUUGUCACAAAGAAAGUCGUAGAGAACGUGAGAGGACCAAUGAGAAGAGAAAAUGACCGCCUACUUCGACAGACCCCUUCACGUGGUUGGUAAGAACUGCCAUUGUAUUCUUCACCAUGAAUUGCAAAGGAGAUUGGUGUGUCUUGACACCCAUCAAAGAUGGUUGGGAUCUGAGGUCGAAUGGCACAGACAGAGGUCUGCCUAGCCCAAAGCCCUCCUCCCCGUGGAGGGGAGUCUUGGGCCAGAUGUUAAUACAGCCAGGAGCAGAGCUGACCUUGCAGCCUGUCUUCUCACUCAGUAAGGGGUGGGGGACAGACACACUGCACUGGAAGGCAGAAUCCCAGGGCUCUUCCACUGUUGUCCCUCUGCCCCUCGCUGUUUGCCACCCAGUGACCUUCUUGGUGACUCUUCCUUUUCUUUCCCUAGCCUUUUUUUUCCUCUCUCUCUGUCUCUCCAUCUCUCUGUCUCUGUCUCUGUCUCUGUCUCUGUCUCUGUCUCUGUCUCUCUCUCUCUCUCGUCGCAUGUCACCUCCCUCCCUAUGCAUUUCCCAUGGUUCAUAUGAUCAAGUUCAACUCAAGGAGUUAUCUACCCACAGAUCAAUGCUGACAGAGAGUCAAGGGUUAAGGGUUUUACAUCCGUGUCAUACAUUGGCUGCUGAGCACAUGUCUGGAAUCGUGUUCUCUGAGUCCUUCAGCAGUGCAGUUCAGUCGCUGCUUCCCUCAUCUUACGGACAAGGAGAUGAGGCUUAAAGAGAUAGCGGCGUGUCCCAUCCCUGCCUAAUACCCAGUAAAGUAAUUGGCUCUGUCCCCCUUGAUCUAUAAAUCUGGGGCCUCAGUUCAAUUGGAAAUUAAGACCUAUCAUCUCUAUACCGUGUUUCAAUGCAUCAGGACUUGCUAGAACUUAUUAAGUAGACAGACUUUUUAACGUUCUGGCCCAACAGGAAUUUGGAGUUUGCUUGUGUGUGAAGACAGGAAAGAAACACUGUAGCCAGUUAAGCUAGAAAAUGCUCGCCCAUUAACACAGAAAUCCCAGGGUGUGAAUUAUAUCUUUGUUCUCGCUUUAAUUGUGAUAUAUUUACAAACUCUCGUUUGUUGGUUGGGUCUGCUGAGCCAGAGUCUGCUGGUUGCAUUGCACCCUUCCAGUCUAUAUUAAUAAACUGCUGGGAUCUGGGUGAGUUCCUCCUCAGAAACACUUCUGAUGAAGUCUACAGUUUCCAGUCAGUGCUGAUUAGCAAAAAUUGGGUUUCAUGCAAUUAUAAUCUAUUAUGGAAGUUAAAUAACAAAUUAUUAGCUCUUUUAAUCAAGGGACUUUCUCAUUGGUGGGAUUUUGAUGAAGCAAAUGUUCUUAUGCAGGUCUUGAAAAUUUUAAUCUUGGUGAAUUUUCUCACUCUAAGUGGAAUACGCUUGCAUCCUUCUGGCAAAGACGCAGAAAGGAAGCAAAGGUGGACAUGAAUUCAGAAGGCACUAGUGCCAUCAUCUGCUAAGAAACCACCCACUGUUUGGAGUGGGGUGUAUGAGACUCUGUGCAGCUGAGGGUCCAAGGUUGCUAACGUGUUGCUAGGUUCAUUAUUCAGAAAAGGGCCUGUGUGCAUAUAAGGGUGUCAAGCUGCCAAAUGUACACUAGAAGGAUGUGGACAGAGAUCAACCAAAUAGAAUCCCUGGUUGCUAAAUUAUUGCCUGCCCCCUAAGUUGUGGUAGGAUUCAGAUUGCUGCCUGUCCGACCAGAAGCUCACAGUCGCCCAGUACUGCAUUCUGCCCUCGGAGCAGCUGGCGUCAGGGUUAAAGGGGAAACCCUGUGAGCAGGGGACAGUACAUUUCAGCACUUGCCCAGUGACUGUCUCCAGAUGGGUCCUUCUACCCGCUGCUCUGAGGUGAACUGCACUGUGCCUGGGGAACAGAGGGGAAAUCAUCAAAUUGGAACAUAAAACAUGAUCUUCCGUUUUGUCUGAAGGAAAAUCCAGAUCUCAGCAUUUUCAUAGACACUUGGCAGAAACGCUGAGUCGCAGGGGGAUUCUGGCCAGCACUGAUUCCUUCUUUCCACAAUUCACGCUCGGUUAGUAAAGGAAGCUUGCUUGUGUAGACAUGAAAACAGGCUCUGAGCGCAGAGGUGCCUGUUGGAAGCAGAGGGUUCUGUCGAUGGAGCAGGGCUCAGUGCCCUCUCAUCCGGGGCAGAGGCUGAGCUCUGAGGUCACCAGAUAUUAGAGAGACGUGGUCACAUAGUGUCCUGGGUCCUGCUGGGCUCACAUACUGCCCUCUGCUCUGCUCCUGGGGUUUCUUUGGCGACCACAACUCCUCUCAAGCAAGUUCACCUCAAAAUAGUUAACAGGCAACUUGAACUCUUACAGGUGUUGUUGAUGGGUAAUCUCUCACUGAAGCAGUGACGGGAGGGGGUAGAGAGAGACUUCAAGGUCUAAGCUUUAGGAUUGGUCAAUUCCCAUGUUUGUAAUUUCCAACUGCCCUGAAGCAGCUGCUUUUUCAUGCGCGGUGAAAUCAGCAUGAGACGUUUAGUAGCUGAAAAAUAAAUGAUCCCCAAAGUCAACGUCGCUGUGAGACAGCCAGAAGCAGUUCCUUGUUCUGCUGUUUCAUGAACGUGGCUGACAGUGAAAUGAGUGCGGAGAGCACAGGAAGUGAGAAAGACAAGGAAGCGUGUCCUGCGUAGCUCAAGGAGUGCAUACAGGAAGUGGAGUUGCGUUCCCACAUCUCCCAGGAGGAGGCAGGCGCAAGGGCUGCAGAGUGGGAAAUUCUCUAGCCCGUUUGACCUGCUGCUGUUUCUCUACACUCUUAGAGUUCAACACGUUUUCUCCACAGCCUGGCAAGGUCCAGGAGAGUAGGGAGCAAUGGCUUCCCUAGAGGGUGGCGUAAAGAGGGUCACAGUUUUAUGUGGUCACUGCAGUGUCCCCUUGUCUCACCAACCCAGGUGAACAAAACUCUUAAGCACAGACACACAGUUUCUUCUAUGAGCAAUAACAAAAGCAGGGCCACAGCUAACAUUCUUGGAGCUUCCUUUCCAUAAAUUGAAAGCGCCCUCUCCAUUCAGACCAUUCUCAUCUCUUUUGUGAGAAGCCCAUUUUAAUUUCCUCCUUUGUUGUCUCCAAAAUACCUGAAGGACCCAAGGGAUGGGCUGUAAAGCACCAGGGGAAGGGGAUUGGCAGCUGGAAGGGUUCUAACCUUCACAGCGGUGUUCCUGAUCUGUUGAGCAGCAGUGUGGUGGAGAGCCUCAGUGUGGGAAGACAGUGCUUUUCAGAUUGAGGGAGGACCAAAAGAGAGACUCUCCCAAAGGGCGAGCCCUGUUUACUAUUGCCUGCUAUUGUAACUAGCAAGAUUUCCAGAAACCUUUGAGUCUAGACUUCAUUAGGCCAUCUCGAUAACAAACAUUUAAUUAUGACAUUAAGCAGAGGGGGCUGGGACUAGGGUUUGGGGGUAGAGUGCUGGCCCCUAUGCUAAUGCCCUUAAAGCCCUGGUUUCCUUCAGAGGGGAGAUGGGGAGACAGAAGGAAAGUGGACAAAGACUGUGAACAGACAAGAUUUCAAAUUCCGUGUCCCUCUUCCCUAAUUCUGUGUCAAGCAGUAAACUUUUGCUCAGUCCUUGCUUCGCCUAUAGAUUAAGAUGAUAAUCCCUGGCUGUUGUAGUCUAUAGGGUUGUUUGGGAACUUAAGUAUUUAGGGAACUCUGGAAAAUUUUGAUAUAUUUUAUGGAUGGCACACGUCCUUCUCCCUUUCAGAAGGAACCUCUCUGAUCUUCUCUGAUCCGUGCGGUGGGUACGUACUAUUACAAUCUUGCCCCUGAGUUUCUUAAGAUUUGUGAUAGGAUCUUGAAAACAAGAUCAGCUGUAGAUUGUGUUUAAUCUCAAAACAGACGGUGUUUUGAAGGAGAAGAUGGAAGACAUGAUAGCAGAUGCUAUUUUGGUACGAUUGCAGUAGUUUCCAGCUGGAGACAAGUGUGUAACUCCUGCCUUCGCCCUUCCCUGUAUCUUCACUACCAAGAGCUCUGGGCCUACUCACACACUGGCUUUCCUCUCUGUUUCCA